AGUUAGGGUUUUCAGAAAUUUGAGUGAAAAGCGAAAUUAAGGAGAAGACAAAGGGGGAUUACUACACCUUAAUUACCGUCUCCCAACCCUGCCGUCUAGCAACUUGAACACCAAAAGCCCGCCAGAAAAAAAAGCUGAACACCUUAAAAUGUCAGAAAGAAUAGUCCUUUGCUUCUAUGAUUGUAUUUUGGUGUUUUCUUCAUGAAGCCGACUCAGCGAUUCAAGCGAGUCGCUGAUAGGCCGAAGAAGAACCCGAAUGAAGCAGGGAACGAUUCCAUGACUCGCGCAAGUCCUCGUCUCAAAUCGUUGACCAGGCGCAGAAUCCAAUAUGGGAAACCCACUCCUGAAAUCCAGCCGAUUCCCGUCUCUCGCCUCUCUCUUCACCAAAUGUCGAUCAUUUCACCGGAGUUCUUCCAGAUUGACGCUCUCGAUCUUGCUCCGCGUUUGCUCGGCAAGUUCCUAAAGAAAGAUGAUGUCGUGCUACAGAUUACAGAGGUGGAAGCUUAUAGACCUAAUGAUUCAGCUUGUCAUGGUCGAUUUGGAAUCACAGCGAGAACAGCUCCAGUAUUCGGACCAGGAGGACAUGCUUAUGUUUAUCUUUGUUAUGGUCUCCAUACAAUGCUCAAUGUUGUUGCUGACAAGGAAGGAGUUGGAGCGGCAGUUCUAAUACGCGCCUGUGCUCCUGUUGAUGGACUGAAGACUAUUCAGGAGCGCCGGGGUCAGAACACUGAGAAGCCGAUUCUUCUUACCGGACCUGGCAAAGUUGGUCAAGCACUGGGAAUAUCAACAGAAUGGUCUAGCCAUGCUCUCUAUACUCCUGGUGGGUUAGAACUCUUAUAUGGUCCAGAACCAGAAAGCAUUUUGGUGGGUCCUCGCGUUGGCAUCGAAUAUGCUCAACCUGAGCAUGUAAAUGCCUUGUGGAGAUUUGCCAUUGCUGGCUCCCCCUGGAUAAGUGCUCCUAAGAACACUCUUAGGCCUCCCUAAACUUCGAGUUCUCUGCUAAAGAGCCUAGAGAGGUUGGAGUCAUUUGUAAGGCAAGGAUGGCCGGAGUCCAUUUGUAAAGCAAGGAAGAAAUGUGAAUAGCUUUUUUUUUCCUUCUUUUUGUUUAAGGACCAUCGAUCAGCGUGUGAAAGCCCAAAACAAAGGGCACGAUAAGUAAUAUAUAUAUAGAUAUGUGAAGUAUAAUUUUAUUUAUGCGCAACUGUUCUUACUGUA